GCCUUCAUUGUCUUUUAACCCCAACAGAAAAUUCGCUUCAUGGUCGAUAUGAUGUUCGCGAUGACAUACCAGCAAGACGGCCAGCGGUGGUCCGCUUGUCAAGUGAUGCUGCCAGAAACACUGUCUAUAGCAAGCUUCCAAACGCCCUUCGAAGCCAUUACCCUCGACUAUACCACGUAAACUUUCUGUACGAACUUGUGGCAGAAACUCACAGGUCUUUGUAUUGUUUCAUUUUGUUACCCUGGAAGUUUUCUCCUUGGUCGUCUAGCAAUUAUUUCCUUGAGACUCUUGAUCCUUCGGGGAACCCUCUUCACCCCGACAAGGGCUAUUGAGCAUAUUCCCAGGCAAUACAAGAAUGAGCGUGUGAUUUACGGGAAGGAGCGCUCUGAUUGAGAGUUCCGAUUCCAUCUUUGAACUUCUAUUUGCACAAUAUUUAUCUAUUAUUGCGAGUAUACAAGUCCUGAUUCCGCAUGCGAUCAUUUUCAAAGAGAUAGCAGCAUAACAGGUUAAUCCAAUAUCCUUCGACACCACUCAAGCCUCAGCAUCUCUAUUUUUUAUUUUUCUUGUACAAAAAGUAUUAUAAGAUGUUGCUACGAUUUGUGUCGUUCUGUUUACUGAGGGAAACCUCAAAAGAAUACGGACGCAAGUAACCGAAGCGAAGGAUGGUACCAACAACAACAGAAGCACCCCCGAGUUGCCCGCCAAUCGAUCACUUAAUGCAAGUCUGCCAUACUUAAAAAUGGGUUGCUCUUCUCAUCCAGGUUCUGGAUGUCAUCCUUCCGAAGACGGACAAGACCCGACUCCCCAGAAACGUGUUUCAGCACCGUUCCACGCCCAACCCCAUUCGCAGCCAAUGCUUCUUUUGACGUUCCGCGCUCAACACCUAUUCCCUAAACAAAAUGCGAUUGGACAACCCUAUUCUGAAUUACCUCGGGCCAGCUGAUCUCCCGCUUCCCAUAGUAGGUAUUUUCAAACAAUCGUCGCUCGCUUGAAACGACACAACAUCAGAUGGGCGUUGCAUGCAGUCUGGCUUCUUCGCAGCCAAUGUUUGCUUCAUCUGAAGAUGAGGCUGUGUCAUAGAUCUCAAAAAGAGUUUUCUUGCGAGCCUAGAGGAAGUAUAUGAGUGUCGUGUUCCCGUUUCUGUCCCGUCUCCAAGUAUAAUCUCCUGUACUAACAGCACCACACGUACGUAAUAUUGAUUAUUGUCCAAUACCACUAAUACAACAUCUACGUUCAUUCAAACUCACCAUUUCACCGUCGCCAACAUGAAAAACUCGGUGAUCUUUUCCCUGGGCCUAGCAGCCUUCACAACCGCCCUCCCAACCCUCGAAAUCCGCCAGACACUAAACAACACAGCCAACAGCACCGCCUGCGCGACUGGCGUUCACAUCAUCGUCGCGCGAGCCAGCACUGAGAAACCCGGCGAAGGCAUAAUCGGCGCCGUAGCGAAACAAGUCGAGCAAGCAGUUCCUGGCUCCGAUUCAGAAGCAGUGGAUUAUCCUGCUACGUUGCAGAACUAUACGUCGUCCGAAGGGCUAGGAGUCAGUGGCAUGACGAAAUUGAUUGAGAACUAUGCGGCGAGAUGUCCGAAUAGUAAGAUGGCACUUAUGGGGUAUUCUCAGGGAGCGCAAGUCAUCGGUGACGUGAUGUGUGGAACCAGCGAAGCGAACUUCACCCCAACACCACCACUCAACCCAGCUCUAUCCAAAAACAUAAUAGCAAUAAUCCAAAUGGGCGACCCAACACACAUCCCCAACCUCCCGCAAGACGUCGGCAACAGCACCCGCGCAGGCAUCUUCCCCCGCCCCAACAUCACAGCCUGCGAAGCCAUGGCGCCCAUCACCAAGAGCUUCUGUACCGCAGACGACCGCUUCUGUGAUAGCGGGAAUAGUAUCCCCGUGCAUCUGAGCUAUGUGAGGGAGUUUGGGACGCAGGCGAAGGAUUUUGUGGUACAGAGGGCGGCGGCGAUGAAUGGGACGAGGAAGGCGUAG